UGGGGAACACCUCGAGAAAGAACGCUUCGUAGAGCAACCGGCAUUUUACAAUUAUUGUAUAAAUAAUUACCAUCCAGGAAGGAUAUCAUUUAUUGUCUAUGACCAGUGAGUAUUGUUGGUAACAGUGCUUUAUUGCGGUGGUGUGAUUUUGGAGACAACUGAAGUUGUGAAAUCUCAGAACCGUUCGUGAAAUACAUAUAAUAGGCCUAGGCAAGUGAUUCGAGAGAAAACGAAACACACACAGGAGCAAGUGCUAUCUGCUGACGAACGAGUGCGUGUCGACAAGAAGAAUUGGUGCAGAUUUAGAAUAAUUAAUAAGUUAUCGUUAGAUUCUGAAAUAAUGUCAAGGAAAAGUGAUACACCACGUUUACAACUUCGACAUUUUGGGUCGGCGUUACUGAAAGAUCAGCGUAUUAAUAAGGGUACAGCAUUCACCAUCAGGGAACGUCAGGCUCUUGGGCUUCAUGGCCUUCUCCCUCCCGCUGUAUCCACUCCGGAGAUGCAAGAGAGCCGAAUCUUGCAAAACUUCAGUCGACAGCCGACCGAUUUAGAUCGCUAUAUUCAGCUCAUGGAUGUGCAGGAUCGUAAUGAGAAGCUCUUUUACCGUGUGCUAUGUAACAAUCUGGAUGAGAUGAUGCCGAUCGUGUACACUCCCACCGUGGGCUUAGCGUGCCAGAAGUACGGUCUCAUAUUCCGCCGUCCUCGUGGCCUCUUCAUAACCAUUCAGGACAAAGGUCAUAUAGCGGAUAUGCUAGCCUCAUGGCCUGAGAAAGAUGUUAAGGCUAUUGUUGUUACCGACGGUGAAAGAAUUCUAGGUCUCGGUGACCUUGGUAGCUUUGGUAUGGGUAUACCGGUUGGAAAAUUAGCACUUUAUACUGCAAUUGCAGGUGUCCCACCAAACCAAUGCUUACCUGUUGUGCUCGAUGUUGGAACUAACAAUCAGGAUCUUCUAAAAGAUGAAUUCUACAUAGGUUUAAAAAAACCACGGGACAGAUCAAGUAACUACGAUGAGUUCAUCGAUGAGUUUAUGCAAGCUGUUGUUUCAACGUAUGGGCAAGAUUGUCUGAUUCAAUUUGAAGACUUUGGAAACCAGAAUGCAUUCAGAUUCCUGGAGAAGUACAGAGAUACAUAUUGCACAUUUAAUGAUGAUAUACAAGGGACAGCAUCGGUGGCUGUUGCUGGCGUACUAGCCAGUUUGAGAAUAACGAAUACCGCCCUCAAGGACAACACUUUUGUAUUCCAAGGAGCUGGAGAGGCCUCACUUGGAAUAGCUAACCUGCUGGUAAUGGCAAUGGUUGAGCAGGGAUUGUCAGAGAAAGAGGCACGUAAGAAAAUGUGGCUAGUGGACUCCAGGGGCCUGGUGUGUAAGGAUCGGCCGUCAGGUGGUAUCACCCAUGAGAAGGCGGUGUUUGCUCAUGAACACAAGCACAUCAAAGCUUUGGCAGAUGUCAUUAAUGAAAUCAAGCCUACAGCUAUCAUUGGAGCAGCUGCUGUAGCUGGUGCGUUCACUGAUGACAUUAUAAAGUCAAUGGCUUCCUUUAACGAACGUCCAAUCAUCUUCGCUCUUAGUAAUCCAACCAGUAAAGCAGAAUGCACAGCCGAGCAAGCAUAUAGAUUAACAAAUGGUAAAUGUGUGUUUGCCAGUGGUAGCCCCUUCCCAUCAUACGCCCUAGAUGAUGGGUCACUUCUGCAUCCAGGUCAGGGCAACAAUUCAUAUAUCUUCCCUGGUGUCGCUCUCAGUGUUAUCCUCUUCAAAAUCCACCAUGUCAGUGAUCAAAUAUUCUUAGAAGCUGCCAAGGCACUUGCUGACUUGGUCACACAAGACAACCUCAAGGAAGGCCGAGUCUACCCACCACUGAAGGAUGUUCGUGAGGUGUCCGUGAAGAUUGCCGUGCAUGUUGCUGAGCAUGCAUAUGCUACUAAGGCUGCGUCGUUGUACCCCGAACCUGAAGAUAAAUACAAGUUUGUUCGUAAUCACAUGUAUAGCUACGAGUAUGAAUCUUUUGAACCUCAGUUUUAUGACUGGCCCAGUAAUCUUUAAGCACUCUCCACACUGCCAAAUUUUAAUUGAAAAAAAAAACGAACAUGUGACAUGUCUUAAUAUGGUCAUGAUGACAUCACAUAUCAUGAAUAUAUACGGGCACACAACAUUUUUUUUACAAAGAAAAUUUAAAUUUUUAUAUUCUGGAGAGAGUGAAAACUCUCUGAGAUAAUUAGUGGGAUAUUAUAUAAAUUAUAAUUGUAUUGAUAUAUCUAUAUAACAAAAGAUAUUUUAUAUUUUCAUAAUGGAUUAGGCUUAUAUAAACACAUUAAAAAUGAUUUAUCUAUAUUAUUUUAUUUUCAGUAUUUGUGGAGUGGGAACACCAAAUUUGGUGUUUAAGUGAGACAAUUUUUCUUGCUGGCCCAGUUUAAUGGGUGAAUCAUUUGUAUAGGCCUAAACCAUUUGAUUGCCUACCUGUAGUAUGUAUUUAAACGUACAAACUUCCAUAAUGUAGGGCAUUCCAUGUGUUUGAUUUUAACCUUGUUCUCAAAUACAGUAUUCUAUCUAGUAUUGUGGAACAUCAUAAUGUUUUUUUACAGUAUUAUAAUUCAGAAAUAAGCAAUAACAUUAUUACAAUUAUUUUAUAAACAUGCAUUAAAACAUGUAAAAUGAUUUCAAGAAUAUGCAUAAGUAUAUGAAAAUGAUAUUGAAAAUAAUUUUGCUAAAUGCAGUGUCUGACUAUAAGAAACCUCAUUAUUUACUAUAGCUGCAAAGUAAAUUAAGUUACAAUAUUUUAGCGAAAUUGAAACUUUGACAGUUUCACUGUCCUUGCACAGACAGCAGCCUGGAUAUAUAGAGGGCCAGUUCUAUGUAAUGACAGUAUAUUAUAUACAAACCAGACAAAAUUAAAUAAAAUUGUUUAUGAUGUACAGAACUGCUGUUACAUUUAUCAGGCUGCCUUCUUGUGUAUGCUGUGUAUUGAGUGUCAGUCUUAUGCGAUUAUAAAUAGCAAGAAGGUUUAGGACUCGUGUACAACUCAGUAUUCAUUCCACCUACCCUGACAUUUGCAACUGCUUAGUUGGUAUUCUAGAGUUGUAUAUGGUGCUACAUUUAGUAGAAAAUUGAUAUUUGUCUUGGAAAGUUUUAGUAAUGUUUUAUGAAUAGUGCUGCAGUCCAACUUUGCAUGUAUAUGCCCAAGGCAUAGCACUUAUCCUUUGACGAAAAUAGUUUAUGGCUUUUUGUGUGUAAUGAGUGAGCUAUCGUAAAUUUUAAUACGGGUUUUAGUAUAAUUUGAAGUGCAAAAUGACCAAUGAAUUGGCAGAGUGGUGGCACCAUGGGAGAUCGAGACUCCACUACAGACAGGAGUUAACAGAAACAAAAUUGUAAUUUUUAAAGAUCAUAAGAUUGAAAAUAGCUAAGCCUCUAACAAAUUCUCAAAUUUGUCAGAAUUUCUAGUGAUCCGCAUCCCCUCCCCCCACCUCCUUCCAAGAGGUUUUGGACAGGCUCCAGCACCGCCAUCUUACACUUUCAUUGGGCAAAUCCUGGAACCACCACUGACUUGGCAUGUACAGUAUUACCUCUAGCUCCAUUCCAAUAUUAGGCUCCUCGCUUCGCUGGUGCUGGCAAUAGGAAGCAGUUAAAAUCACUGCUUUCUUACCUACAGCAAAUUUGUGCUUCGCUGCCAAAAAUACCAAUCAAAUAGGCCUACCAUUCUUGUUAACUGCAGUCAUUCAUUCUAGUUAACCAUGUUGUGGACCAAUAUUGAAGUUUGGGAUGUUAAGUUUUACAUUUUUUUUGGUCUUUAUUUCAUACAAAAAUUAUUAAUAGUAGAGGUAAUAAAUAAUUAUACUGUUAUCAAUUUAGUUAUAUACCAAAUUUAUAUUUUAAAACAAAUACAGCAAUGUAAACAUUAAUUUGAGCAUUGUAAUCCUUGACUGAUGUGCAAAAACGUACUAAAAUAAUAUGGUCAUGUAUUUCUUUUGGUUUAGAUGCAAUUAAAGAAUAAAUGUUUGUAUAUUGAAUUAAAAA